AAAAGCCAUUAAAGACUAUGAGACGGCUCAAGCCAAUAGUGAAAAUGACCAGCAGAUUCGGGAGGGGCUGGAACGUGCCCAGCGGAUGCUGAAGCAAUCGCAGAAGCGGGACUACUAUAAAAUCUUAGGAGUAAAAAGAAAUGCUCGAAAGCAAGAGAUCAUAAAAGCGUACCGCAAGCUGGCAUCCCAGUGGCACCCUGAUAACUUCCAGAGCGAGGAAGAAAAGAAGAAAGCAGAGAAAAAAUUCAUUGAUAUAGCAGCUGCUAAAGAGGUCCUCACUGACCCAGAAAUGAGGCGGAAGUUUGAUGCGGGAGAAGACCCACUGGAUGCGGAGAGUCAGCAAGGCGGGGGCAACCCAUUCCACAGGAACUGGAACACGUGGCAAGGAUUCAACCCCUUUGGAUCGGGAGGAGGACCGUUUACAUUCAAAUUUCACUUCAGUUAGAGCCAAGACUGUUUCUGGCGGCGGCUGGUUUUUUUACUUAAUUCGUUGACAAAUAAAGAAGUCUCUCAGUUCAAGACCCAAAA